UUUUCGGUCAAUUUUCAAUUUUGUUUCAAUUUUCUAUUAAAUAAUAUAGUUUUAUAUUUUUAUGGAUCCCUUCGUCGUGAUACUGAUGGAAUUGUAUUUCUUCUAGGCAAUCUUAUGCAAGGCCAAGUGCUUAUAUUUUGCCCUACAAAAAUGAAUUGUGAAAAUUUGUGUAAAUUGUUGACUAAUUUGUGUCCUCAAGAAUUUCGAGAACACCGUUCAAAAGAAAGACUUGCCAUUUUAUCCCAACUUAAAGACGAACAUGAAGGAAGGAUUUGUCCAAUUUUGGAGGCUGGAAUAAAAAGUGGUGUUGCUUAUCAUCAUUCUGGACUUACAAAUGAUGAACGUUUAUUGGUUGAAGCUGCUUAUAAGACCGGAAUUAUUUCAAUAAUUUGUUGUACUUCAACACUCGCUGCCGGAGUUAAUUUGCCUGCUAGACGAGUAAUUAUUCGAAGUCCACAUAUUGGUAAACAAAUGUUAAAAAAGUCGCAAUAUUUACAAAUGAUUGGAAGGGCUGGGAGAGCAGGGUUAGAUGAAAAAGGUGAUUGCAUAACUAUUGUAAAGAAUGGGACAGAAUCCGUUGCGUUGCGUAAUAUGUUAAAUAAUCCGUUGGAACCGUGUAUUAGUGGACUCUGUGAUGAUCAACAAAGAGAAGCUUUUUUCUUGGAUUUGAUUGUUUUGAAGAUAUGUUCUACAAUAGAUGAAUUAUAUCAAAUAUUUAAAAAGUCUCUUUAUGGAAUUCAAAAACAUGAUGACACUGAACUUCGUAUAUUAACAGAAAAAACGGUUCAGUCUUUACUUGUUAAUCAAAUGGUUUUGCAACCUGAAGUGGACCAUUUCUUUUCUACACAAAUUGGAAUAGCUACAUUCAAUGCAAAUUUUAAUCCUCAAGUUGCUUUGGAUAUAAAUAAAGAUCUUUCUGAAAAUUUGAGUCAAGGAAUUGUUUUAUCUUCACAUUUUCAUCUUCUCUAUAAUUGUGUUCAAAUGGAUGUGGAAGUAUCUAAUUUAGAUUGGAAUUUAUUUCAUAAUGAGUAUUUAACUUUAAAAAAAGAAGAACGUGAUCUACUUCAUUUAAUGGGAUUUACAGAGGGAACAAUUGUGCAAUUUAUUUUGUAUGCUUCAAAUAAAAUGAAUAUUUCUGUCAAAGCUCAACGUUUUUAUGUUGCUUUUAUGCUUCGUCAAAUUUGGGAACAACGUCCACUUUGGGAGGUUGCACAACAUUUUGAUGUUCCGAGAGGAUGGCUUCAAUCUAAUUUACAAUCAGCUUUGGCACAAGCAAGUUCAAUUAUUCGGUUUGCAGAGAGGACGCCUUCUUUAUGGGCUUUACGUUCUUUGUUGCCUGAAAUGAUUAAGAGACUUUCUGAAUGUGCUCGUCAAGAAUUAAUUCCUUUACUUUCAAUUGAUUGUGUAAAGGUUGGAAGAGCUAGACUUCUUUAUGAACAUGGUUAUAAAACUGUUGGGUCUAUAGCUAAAGUUUUACCAGAAAAAUUAAUUGGAGAUUUGGAAGGAAAAUUAAAUCUAAUGCAAGCUAAAAGAAUAAUUAAUAGUGCAAAGACAAUAAUACGAGACCAAAUAGCUGAAAAGACAGAAGAAUUGGAGCAAUUAGGGGCAACAGAUUUAUUUGAAUUUAUUAAACCAGUCAACAAAAUCAAUAAUAUUAUUCGUCCAUUACAACCAAGGGCAGCACCAACAACAUUUCAGCCUGUAUCAAAAUGUUUUGGUUUUGAAAUGGAAGCUGAUGAUGAGGAGGAAGUUGAAAAUAUUUCUGAACAAUUUAGCAAUUCUUCAAGUAGUAAUAAUACAUCAAAUAAUAGUUGUUAAAUUUAUUUAUAUAAUUUAUUAUAAGGAGAUCAGGAAAUUUUU